AUUUUCUUUCCGUCAGCGAUGCAUUUACCUGAGCAGCGAACACCUCCCUAUGCAGAAACAGCUACCUGCAGUGCAUCACUCCAAUCUGAAAAGUCACUCCUUUCUUGCACCUCGGACUCCCCCCUUGCAGAAUCUACAAGAACAGGAUCAGUACAGGCAAAAUGGUAAUAUCGUCUCUAGUCGAAAUCUGAGAGGACUAGAUGAAGAGUUUCCACCAUUUUCCUUGCCCCUAUCCAGUUGUUUCUGAUAUUCUAGGGCGAGUUCAGUCCCAGAAGGGCCCAGGUAUGGAGUGUCAUUGUCAGUUUGGACCUGAAGCUGAUGACACUGCUGUGAGUGUGUCUGUGGCCGACCUGCCAGGGGAGAGCAGAGCAGAGGGGCUGGGCUUGGCAGGACAACAAUGCUGCUGAUUCAGCAGAUCCGGCUGCUGAACACCAUUUUACUUUCUCAGAGGGGAGAGAAAGGGGAGACACGGAUGCAGGAGGAGAAGCGGCAGCGGAUGGUCAGUGUUGCCGACGAAGCACACUGUGCAGUGAGCAUGUCUGCAGAUUCGUUUGGCGCCGGGGGCAGCGAUGCCCAGCAGAGCCUACAGUCGUUCUGGCCACGCGUCAUGGAAGAGAUCAGGAACCUCACGGUGAAGGAUUUCCGCGUGCAGGAGUUGCCUCUCGCCCGAAUCAAGAAAAUCAUGAAGCUGGAUGAAGAUGUGAAGAUGAUCAGUGCGGAGGCUCCAGUGCUGUUUGCCAAGGCAGCUCAGAUCUUCAUCACAGAGCUCACGCUGAGGGCCUGGAUUCACACUGAAGACAACAAGAGACGCACCUUACAGAGGAACGACAUUGCCAUGGCGAUAACGAAGUUUGACCAGUUUGACUUCCUUAUCGACAUUGUGCCCCGGGACGAGCUCAAGCCCCCCAAACGACAGGAGGAGGUGCGUCAGUCGGUGGCCCCAGCAGAGCCGGUUCAGUACUACUUCACCCUGGCUCAGCAGCCAGGCCAGGUGCAGGGCCAGCAGGCCACUGGACAACAGGCUACCACCAUCCAGCCUGGACAGAUCAUCAUCGCACAGCCACAGCAAGGACAGGUGCUGCAGGGGACCACAAUGCAACAGUUACAGCAGGUGCAAGUAGCCCAGUCACAGGGCACACCUAUCACGUCCCCAGACUCUCAGUCGUUCAACAUUGAAUCUUCCUUCUCCACCCUGAAGGGAGGGGCUCCAAUGACCAUGCAGGUGGGAGACCAGCAGGUCCAGAUAGUACAGGCGUCGUCCCAGGGCCAGACCCAGACGGUGCAGUCAGGACAGACCAUGCAGGUCAUGCAGCAGAUAAUCACCAACUCCGCAGAGAUCCAGCAGAUACCAGUGCAGCUGAACAAUGGUCAGUUGCAGUACAUUCGGCUGGCACAGCCUGUCUCUGGCACACAGGUGGUUCAGGGACAGAUCCAGACGCUGGGUAACACUCAGCAGAUUACACAGACAGAGCAAGGCCAGCAGCAAUUCAACCAGUUUACUGACGGACAGCAGUUGUAUCAGAUUCAGCAGGUGAUGCCGGCGGGACAGGACCUGAGCCAGCCGUUGUUCAUCCAGUCCACCAAUCAGACGGCUGAUGGACAGGUCACCACACAGGUCAGCACAGACUGAGGCUCUGGAAGCAUCCUCCUGACCACCAAACCAUUGACCACACCACCUGCUACCAUCCAUAAGGACAACACUGGCUCAAACGCCAAGGGACGUCCUAGGAGGCGUCCAAAAUGGUCAAAAGUAGAGCCCAAUAUAGGGUGCCAUUUGGGAAGUACCCUUACUCUCAUUCAAUACACUGGUCUAUGACAUGAUACCGGUACUUAAAAGGAACGGUCUGACAACAACGGUUCUUAAUUCAGUAUACUGGGUCAGAUACCAGAGCGACUGCUCUACAACUCCCUCUCAUUCCCAUUUAAUAUCGUCUUUCUCUGCCUCCGUUAGUUCCUCCAGGUACCCACUCUCACCUGAUACGUUCCCCAAAAAAGCCCCCAUUCAUGAGAGCUACACACAGGGUAUCCGAACACUGAAUCCUACAGGACCCAACUCUCCUCCGUUUUAGUGACCAGCUGUUCAUCCUCAAUGUCUGUAAACCCUUUAUGUACAAACCUCCUCUGUAUAUUCUCUGUCUCUCUGUGAAGUACACCAUAUGGGUGGCUCUUGUGUUCUCUAUGGGUACGUCCCAAGUGGCUCCCUAUUCCCUAUACAAUGCACUCAUUUUGACCACGGUCCAAAGGGUUUUGGUCAAAAGUAGUGCUCUAUAUAGGGAAUAGAAUGCAUUGGGAUGCAUCCUAUGGAAGGCUUGGCCCUUGUUUUGUCUACAAGCCAAGAGAACAUAAAUCCUUUGUUUGUAAUGUUUUUAUGUGUAGACGUUUAAAAUAAUAAUCUAUAAAGCCAUACUCUUACCUAACCCAUUUAUUUCACAAUAAAUCAUUGUCAAUUGUACGAGACCAGCCAUGAUAGGUCAAUUAAGUUAUGUUAGUUUCUGGCAGGUUUUUCACAUUGACGAGACAUUGCCAUCGAUGAAAGGGCUUCUAACUGUAUGAUUGAGUUUGAAUUUUGUAUGUAUGACCUCCGUGUGUGUGUGUAUGAGUGUGUCAUUCAAUAUUGUGCAGUUACUGCAGUAUACUUUCCCCAUGGCCCAGUGAUCAUAUUCACCUCUUCAGUGCCCCCCCUCUCUUCUCUACUUCCUCUUCUAUUCCCCUCUCCGUCUCUCCAUUAACUUCCACUGAUCACUCUAUCAUUGUUAGAGCAGGGAGAGGUUAGGCCUUUCUGUCUCUAUGCAGUCUCUUCUUUCUCCCCUUCUCUCUUUUUCUCUCCCUUUACUGUUUCCUGUAUCCAGAGAGGUUUGUGGUUCUCCUGCCUGCUCUGAGGAAGCCUCCUGUAUAAAAACAACUCCACUGGGAGAAAGGCCUCUUUUUAUAAACUCUUAUUUUGAAAUCCUGUUGUAACUUGUCAAUGUUAAUUUGUUUUUAUGAUCACCCCUCUCCCUCCUCCCCUUUCUUAUUUAGUAAGUUUAAUUGUUAUCAUUGCUGUUCUUAUUAUUGUCGAUUUGCAUGUAGUUUAAACUGCCAGCAUGAUAUGCAAUAGAUGGGUAGACAUUCUAUUUUGUAAGUAAACUUUGGGUUUGUGAGAAAAUAAAAUGCAAAUAAAAAACAUUACAUGCAA